UGAACGUUAACCAUGAGAGAGAGAGAAAGAAACAGUUGAGAGAGAAACAACCUGCACAACCCCAAAGGCCCCCCGUUUCGUCUUCUCCGACGGAAUGGAAGCAACCUACACCCAAACCCUGACACCAAGAGGGACGCUCAGAAAUCAACGAGGAACAUCUGAGGGAUAUGGCAAAGGUGUUCUAGAGCAAGCUAUGACCUUCUUCUUCUCUAAUUUCCCUGAUGACUGGAGGUCAGGUGAAAUGUGGGAAGCUUUUAUUAAAUGUGGAAGGGUGAUUGAUGUAUACGUUGCAAAGAAAAAGGACAAGUGGGGAAGGAGCUUUGGUUUCGUCCGAUUCCUGGAGGUUAAGAAUAGCAGAGACAUGGAGCUUAAACUGAACCAGAUCAAAGUGGGGCAGAGGACGAUCCAAGCAAAUGUGGCUAGAUUCUCCAACGUGGAAGAUCAGAAAAAACAGAAAAAUCAGGCUGCUAUCCAAUCUGGUAAAAAGUCGAUCACAGUAUCUUACGCAGAAGCAGUAAAAAACGGCCCAAGAAAACAUGAAGAAUCAGAUAGUAGAGAGCCAAUGCAAGUCAUGGGAAUUAAGAAACAGUGGCGUAAGAGCAAAGCGAAUCAAGAGCAAUGGCAGGGUCUAGAGGUGAUGGCAGAGGAAGAAGAUUUGAGAUGGCUUCAAGACUGCUUCGUCGGCACAGUGAAAAGCCCAGAGACUAUCAGCACUCUUCAAGACAAAUUUCUCAUGGAGGGUUAUUUUUCUGCCAAAGUAACUCCGAUGGGAGGAAGAUUAGUCUUGCUAUCAUCUGUUGAUCAUGAGGAGUUAAAAGAUUUAGUUGACAAUGGGAAGGAUUGGUUGGCACAGUGGUUCUCCGAUGUGAGACCGUGGAAGCCAACGGAAGUAGCUUCUGAAAGGUUUACUUGGCUAAGGUGCCAAGGUGUCCCUGUACACAUUUGGAGAAGCAGUUUCUUUGAAACUGUGGCCCAUUUAUUCAGGAAAUUCAUAUCAUUAGACGAUAGCACAAUCAAAAAGAAGAGUCUGGGUAAACAGUUGCUAUGGAAAGAGAUUUUAGAUCUAAUGGAGGUGAGUGAUGGUGGUAAUUGGUGCAUAGGAGGUGAUUUUAAUGCAAUCCGUAGUAGAGAAGAGAAAAGGGGAAGACACUUUAACAACACUGCCAUGAGAGACUUUAAUAGUUUUAUUGAUGAAGCAGGUCUAGAAGACUUGCCGAUGUCGGGAAGGAAAUUCACAUGGUUCAAGACUGAUGGAUCAGCAAUGAGCAGGCUAGAUAGAUUUUUGGUGUCUACAGGGUUUCUCAUAAACUUUCCUGAUCUAAUUCAAAAAGGUUUAUGCAGAGAUUUUUCAGAUCACUACCCAAGGAGAUCUUACUUUCAGCAAGUUUGGGAGUGGAACUCGAGAAAGGAUAGCCUACUAUGUCAGAAAUCAAGGCAGAAAUGGCUUCAGGAAGGUGAUGCCAACAGCAAGUAUUUCCAUGGGUGCAUUGUUAAGAGAAGAAGAAGAAAUGGGAUAGAAGGAGUUGUGAAGAAUGAGGCUUGGGUUGAGGAAGUUCCAGAGGUGAAAAAAGUUAUAAAAGAAUUAUUUGAACUCAAGUUCCAAGAGCAAGAAUGGGAUAGACCUAGCUUAGAGUUAAAUCAGUUAAAGCAACUAAGCCCAGAGGAUAACAGCUGGCUGACGGCAGAAUUCUCAAAAGAAGAAGUAAAGGCAGCGGUAUGGAAUUGCAAUGGGAGUAAAAGCCCCGGACCAGAUGGUUUCAACUUCAACUUCAUUAAAAAAAUGUGGCCAACCAUAAAGCAAGAUAUUGUAGACUUUGUGAAAGAAUUUUGGGCGAAUGGGAGAUUGGUGAAAGGAAGCAAUUCAUCUUUCAUUGUCUUAAUCCCAAAGAAAGAAUCCCCCCAAGGCUUAGGGGAUUACAGGCCUAUAUCCCUAGUUGGUUGCCUGUAUAAAAUUAUCUCUAAGCUUCUCGCUAACAGAUUAAGGAAGGUGAUGCCAACGAUCAUCAGCCAAAACCAGUCAGCAUUUGUUGGAAAGAGAUUCAUAGCAGAUGGUAUUGUCAUUGCUAAUGAGAUUGUCCAUGAAGCUAAGAAGAGAAGGAGGCCCACAUUGAUAUUCAAAGCUGAUUUUGAAAAAGCCUACGAUAGUGUCAACUGGAAGUUCCUAGAGUUGAUGAUGGAAAAAUUCGGUUUUUGUCUGAAGUGGAGAAAGUGGAUCAAGGAAUGCCUAUCUACUUCAUCUGUUUCUGUUUUGGUGAAUGGUAGUCCUACAGCGGAAUUCAGCAUGGAAAAAGGACUGCGACAAGGUGAUCCCUUAGCCCCAUUCUUAUUCCUUUUAGUCGCUGAAGCACUAAACGAGCUGAUUUACAAAGCAAAGGAGUUAAAUUUGUACAAAGGAGUGGAGAUGGGAGAGGAACGUCUGGAAGUCACACACCUCCAAUUUGCUGAUGACUCUAUAUUCUUCUGUGAUGCUUCUGACUCGAAUAUAAAAGCAAUCAAAGGGAUUCUCCGAACCUUUGAGCUUGUUUCGGGUCUCAAAGUGAAUUUUUUCAAAAGUGCUUUGUAUGGAAUCAAUGUAAAGGCUGAAGAUGUAAGUAAAUGGGCAGAAUCUCUAAAUUGUAUGGUGGGUGCUAUUCCUUUCAAAUAUCUCGGGGUACCAGUCGGAGCUAAUCCAAGGAAGUUUUCAACUUGGGCACCUGUUAUUGACUGCUUGAGACUCAAAUUGUCAGGUUGGAAAUGCGAAUCGCUGUCAUUUGGUGGAAGAAUUGUUCUUCUGAAUGCUGUCCUAUCAAGCAUCCCAGUCUACUUCUUUGCAAUCAUGAGAGCCCCCAUAAAGGUAACUAACUUGCUAACCUCAAUCCAAAGGAGAUUUCUAUGGGGGGGUAGGGAGGGUAAUAGGAAGAUAGCAUGGGUGAGCUGGGAGAAAGUUUGUAGAAGUAGAAAAGAGGGAGGAUUAGGUGUUAAAGACCUGGUCAAAUUUAAUAUGGCUCUAUUAGGAAAGUGGAGAUGGAGAUUGAUGGUAGAAAAGGAGGCUCUAUGGAAUAGGGUAGUAGAGGCAAAAUAUGGGAUACAUAAGGAAAAGGAUUGGGAGGGGAAAAACGUGAAGCAUAGUUGUUCAUCUUGGUGGAAGGCAGUGUGGAAGUUAGAUAAAGAAGUAGGCAAUAAAAAGGGAUGGGUUUACAAGGGCCUGGUGAAAAGUGUGGGGGAAGGGAAUGACACGUUAUUUUGGAAGGAGAAAUGGUGUGGGAAAAGGACUCUUAAGGAGAAAUUUAACAGGUUAUACAAAGUGGCAGUAAGUAAAGAGGCUUUGAUUAAAGAUAUGGGUGAAUGGAGGGAUGGAGAAUGGAGUUGGAAUUGGGGUUGGCGUAGGGAGCUGAUGGGAAGAGAGCUUUCUUUAUUGCAAGAUCUUGAGAAGCUGUUGAAAGAAUGCAAACUGAUGAAAGGAAAGCAAGACUUCUGGAGUUGGAAGCAUGAUUCGAAAGGAAACUACUCAACAAAAUCUGCCUACUCCCUUUUAAAUAACAGCAUUGAGGAGCCAGGAUCAAUUCAAUUCAACAAGAUUUGGAAUUCUAAGGUGCCACUUAAAGUUUCAGCUUUUGUGUGGAAACUCUUACAAGAUAGAAUUCCUACAGGUGAAAAUUUGCUAAAAAGAGGUAUGGCUGGAGGUGAACUAGAUUUUGAAUGCAUUUUCUGUGGAAAACAUAUUGAAUCAACAAGUCACUUAUUCUUCACCUGUGAGGUCACUUGGGCGGUCUGGCAAGUAUUCUAUGCAUGGUGGGGACAACAAGGUGUUCUUACAUGUGAAGCUUGGAAGCAUCUGCAGCAACAUACAGGCAUGAUACAGAAUGGAAAAUUAAAAGAAGCUUGGUACGCUCUCUACACUGGAUCAAGGCCAAGUCUAAUUCUGAAUUGGCUAAAGAACAAUGGUGGAAGAAUCCUAAGGAUGCGUUAAUAUGUUUAUAGGUUUAGCAGGUGAUUAAGUAAUGGGAUUGUUUUGAUUUUGUAAUUCGUGAUAUAUGCAGGAUGAUGUAAAGGGUUGGAGUACCCCUUGUACUCUAUUUAUAAUUUAACAAAUUUUCAUUUUGCCG